UGAAAUACUGUGAAUCUCGAUAUGGUGAAAAGAACAUAAUCUUCCAUUCAUAUUGUUACUAAACUAAAAAAAUUUGUAUGUGGAAUAAUCAGUCUAAUUCGCAACGAGGUGAAAAUAUACAUUGUGAAGUGAAUUUGCCACUAAGUGCUGCUGCUUCCUUAGACAGGCAAAACUGAGCGGCACCACGUUCCGACACAGCAAACUGCGUUACUCAAAUCAUUUUCCUUCGCGAGGGUCACCGUUAAGAGGACGCGAGCAGUCCGUUAAGGCAGCGUCAUUGAGCCGAAUCGAAAGCGGACAACGGGCGGGCGCGAGCAGCGAGUACGGCGGUGGUGCUCCCGCCGCCGGCGGCGUCCGCCCCAGCUACGGCUAUGAAGCUCUUUCAGCGGCCAGCGACGGAAGCGACCAAGAACCUGACGAAGCGCCAGAAUACGCUCCCUUCGAGAUGGAGCUGUCAGGUGGCGGGGAAUCUGCUGAAGGCCCAUCGUCACGCGGAUCAGCUAAAGUAAAUUUUCCUCCUGAUGUCGAAUUGGAGCGUCGACCUACGGGGACCUUUGGAGGCGUUGCGGCUGCCGCUUUUCAUCGAGGCCGUGGUCGUUCGAUGAGCGCCUGGAGUGAUAUAAGCCGCUCCAGUAUCAGGUUCGAGGAAAGAGUCCGUGUGGAGUACUAUGUGAACGAGAACACUUUCAAAGAAAGACUGCAAUUGUAUUUUAUAAAGAACCAACGUUCAAGUUUACGCAUUAGGAUAGUUAAUCUAUUUUUCAAGAUUCUAGCCUGUGUCCUUUAUAUAUUUCGUGUGUGUGCCGAUGGGGAUCCCAUUUCUGCGACCUGUUAUGGGUGUAAACCAGGUAAUAAGACUGAGUUUGAAUAUUCGGCGAAUCUAACUGAAGAGGAGUUUCAAGAGCAUCCGAUCAUCAACUGGGAUGGCAUAGUAUGGGUAAAUCGACCGCUUUACCUUUGGGGAGUGCAAGCGGUCUUGGCUAUGAUUUCAUUAUCAGAAGCAAUAUUGCUUGUUUACUUAGGAUACAAGGGCAACAUCUGGCAACAGGUCCUGUCGUUCCACUUCAUAUUGGAGAUGGUGAACACCGUACCAUUUGCACUAACGGUACCAUUUGCACCACUGCGUAACUUGUUCAUACCGGUUUUCUUAAACUGUUGGCUUGCGAAGAGAUCACUUGAAAAUAUGUUUAACGAUUUACACCGUGCAAUGCAGAAGUCUCAGUCAGCUUUAUCCCAACAAUUAAUGAUUCUUUGCGUAACCCUACUAUGCCUAGUAUUUACCAGCGUAUGUGGUAUCCAACAUUUUCAACGUGCUGGCCAUCGCCACCUGAAUUUGUUUCAAGCAACAUACUUCGUCGUUGUCACCUUCUCAACAGUGGGCUAUGGCGACUUCGUACCCGAUAUUUGGCCUUCACAACUUUUCAUGGUUAUAAUGAUUGGAGUUGCCUUGGUGGUCUUACCUACACAGUUUGAGCAACUAGCGUUUACGUGGAUGGAAAGGCAGAAGUUGGGUGGAUCGUACUCAUCUCACCGUGCCCAGUCGGAGAAACAUGUUGUAGUUUGCUCGACAACUCUUCACGCUGAUACUAUUAUGGAUUUUUUAAACGAGUUCUAUGCUCAUCCACUGUUGCAAGAUUAUUACGUGGUUUUAUUGUCACCAAUGGAACUGGAUACUACGAUGAGAAUGAUUUUACAGGUUCCUAUUUGGGCUCAACGAGUAAUAUACAUCCAAGGUUCUUGCCUUAAAGACACCGAUCUGAUUCGAGCUAGAAUGAACGAGGCUGAAGCAUGCUUUAUACUUGCCGCGAGGAAUUAUGCUGACAAAACAGCUGCAGAUGAGCAUACAAUCCUAAGGUCGUGGGCUGUUAAAGAUUUUGCUCCUGUUGUGCCUCAAUACGUUCAGAUUUUCCGCCCGGAAAACAAAUUACACGUGAAAUUUGCAGAAUUCGUUGUAUGUGAGGAUGAGUUCAAGUAUGCGCUGCUCGCAAAUAACUGUACCUGCCCUGGGGCUUCUACCCUUGUUACUCUCCUGCUACAUACAAGCCGUGGCCAGGAAGGGCAACAAUCGCCAGAAGAAUGGCAUCGUCUCUACGGAAAAUGUUCCGGGAAUGAAAUUUACCACAUUGUCCUUGGUGAUAGUCGGUUUUUUGGUGAAUACGAAGGGAAAAGCUUUACCUAUGCUAGUUUUCAUUCACACCGAAAGUACGGUGUAGCUCUAGUGGGUGUUCGCCCAGCUGAACUUCCCGAAUUUUAUGAAGAGACUAUUCUCUUAAAUCCAGGACCUCGACACAUCAUGAAAAGCAGCGACACGUGUUAUUACAUGAGCAUCACGAAAGAAGAAAAUUCCGCUUUCGUAGUUUCUGAUAAACAAACGGAGAGCAAAGCUAAUGCCAUACCUAAAGAUCAAACUGCGUGUAGUCUUCUCUCUAACGAGAAGAAAACCGGAGACGCAGAAGACGGCACGGGACAGCAGAAAAAACCAGACGGUAGUAAUGUGGCUCACUACGACCUCCCACAAGUGAUUCUACAAGCUCCCGCGACUUCCACACCAAAAGCAUCGCCAUCACGCAUCAACGCUAAUACCGUAUCAUCCGCUAAUUUAACUGUUGCUGGCUACAAAAUAGAAGGUGUGUCAACACCAGGAUCUGAUUCUCGUGCCUGCUUGAAGGACUCGCCAGCCACUGACAGUGCUACGGACAGUCAUCUUUUGCUCCCGCGGCCAGAUAAUACCAAUUUCCUUAGCCCAGAUUUCUUAAGCUGCCGGCGAGGUAGCAGACGGCCUUCCAUUCUUCCCGUACCAGACAUGGUGACGAGUAGCCUGAACAUAGCUUCCGACAACCAAGAUGAAGAGGUGGAAGCGGACGAAAGCGAGGACGAGCUUGAUGAUGACGUGCCCUGGCGUUCUCCCUCUGAGAAGAUAGCGAUCGUGAAAGGUUUUCCACCCGUGUCACCCUUUAUCGGCGUAAGUCCAACUCUAUGUUAUUUGCUGAAAGAGAAGAAACCACUCUGCUGUCUUCAGUUGGCCCAAGUGUGUGAACACUGCUCCUACCGAAAUGCUAAGGAAUACCAGUGGCAAAACAAAACGAUAAUACUCGCUGCUGACUAUGCAUCCAAUGGCAUCUAUAACUUUAUCAUUCCUCUGCGCGCCCAUUUCAGAUCCAAGACAUCUUUGAAUCCAAUUAUUCUUUUACUAGAACGCAGACCUGAUAUUGCAUUUUUGGAUUCAAUCUCAUACUUUCCACUGGUCUAUUGGAUGCUAGGUUCCAUUGAUUGCUUAGAUGACCUCUUACGUGCUGGAAUAACAUUAGCCGAGAAUGUGGUCGUAGUAAACAAGGAGUUAUCUAAUUCUGCAGAAGAAGAUAGUCUCUCGGAUUGCAAUACAAUAGUGGCAGUUCAGACCAUGUUCAAAUUCUUUCCGUCUAUUAAAUCCAUAACGGAAUUAUCGCAAUCGUCGAAUAUGCGUUUUAUGCAAUUCAGAGCCCAUGAUAAAUAUGCUUUGCAUCUUUCCAAAAUGGAAAAGCGUGAAAAGGAAAGGGGCUCACAUAUCUCAUACAUGUUCCGGUUGCCUUUUGCCGCUGGUUCUGUCUUCUCUGCCUCUAUGUUAGACACACUCCUUUACCAGGCUUUUGUUAAAGACUACGUCAUUACAUUCGUAAGAUUACUGUUGGGCGUUGAUCAGGCUCCUGGUUCAGGAUUCCUCACAUCUAUGAAAAUUACAAAGGAAGAUAUGUGGAUUCGUACGUACGGUCGGCUGUAUCAAAAGUUAUGUUCUACAACGUGCGAAAUUCCGAUUGGGAUAUAUCGCACUCAGGAUACAAGCCUAGCCGAUCAGGCGCACCACGUGAGUAUGUCGCCACGGACCCCGUCAAAGUGGUUUUGGUCACGCCUCGCGGGAAUGCGACCAUCGCGCGCAUCGGCCUCGGGGGAAGCUGGGUUGGCAGGUGAUGGAAACUCUGAGGGGGCGGGCAGAGAGCGUUCACGUCGAGGGCCCACCGGCUGUCUCAGUGGAUGCUACGGCGACCGCACGCCGGCGUAUUCAACAAGCUUAGUAGAUGAAGCGAGAGAUAAUCAUGCACAGCAAAUAGAAAGAGCAGAAAUAGCUAAUCUUGUAAGAUCUCGAAUGGAAUCAUUAAAAUUGACCGGUAUUGAUUAUGAUGACGUCAGUGAAAAACGAAACAGUCUAUCGUACGUAAUCAUAAACCCGAGCUGCGAUCUCAACUUACAAGAAGGCGAUAUAAUAUACUUGGUACGUCCUUCACCAUUUUCAGCGCAAAAGACUUUCGAACGUCAUAAUAGCCGACGCAAAUCGAACAUCAGUUUUUGUUCCGGAGCUCUGAUUCAGGCUGCUGCAGGGGGCAGCCGUCGCGGUUCUGCACUCGCUGGCCUUGCAAACCUUUCUCCUCGAGCUCCACCUCUUACGAGCACAAAAGCAAAUUCUCUGUCUCUACCUGACAGUCCCACGAUAAUUACCGACUUUCGCGGCCGAUCUAACUCUCUCCGCGUCGUGGACGACAUCUUAUUACGACGUUCCAACUCUCUCCGUCAAGGGUUGGGACCAGUAAAUACUCGACGUCGCAAAAGUAGCCUGGAGGAAAUUGGCAUUUCCCAUUUUAAUUCGCUGUUGCAAUAUCAACAACAGCAGCAACUACAAGAUGCAAAUGCAAUUAAAAUCGCCCUGAACGGCAGCAUCGGGUUGGAAAUAACGCCACCAGAUGAAGGUCCUUUGGAUCGUCUAGGUGGCCCUCUAGGAGGAUAUCAAGAUAUGGCUGCCGCACUACCUUCGACCUCGAUGGGAUCUGGGCUUCCACCACCGACCCCAGAUCCUCAACAUCUUCAGGGGACAAUUGUAUGAUACCACCUAAUGUGGGGACGGCGACUCAGUUCCGUAGUGAGGAACAAGUGGAACUAGGCAACGGCGAUUCCGGCGCGGUACACUGUUCUUGGAACAUAUUUUAAUCUAGUAGCGUCUCUACUGUGCACUUAAUAUGUAGUGUCUUAUCUAAAACUUUUCAAAACGACUUCAGUGAGUGAGUGGUUCGGAACAAUAUGCGAUUUAUAUCUGUGUAUUGUAUGCGGGAUCAACUAGUUAAUAUGUAAAGGGAAUAUUAUGGCCUAAGGCUGUACAUAGCAGGGCUUUCUUUGAUCUUAAUGUAUCAAUAUUGUAAAUAGAAGUAUCGUCUUUAAAGAAAACACUAUAGAAAAAUAUUUACG